AGCUAGCGUUGUGGUCUUUCUUGCCCUCUCGCACUGUGCUCGCAGUCUUACUGGAGACCAGUCAGCACGUGCCGGGAAGGCGGUGGGCGCGGUCUCUGCGGUGGCUGCGACAGCGGCGCGGAAUCCGAGACUGCCUUUUUGGCGACGAGGGACCCUUGGGACUCCAGAUGGAUGAGGCGCCGCUUCCUGCGCAAGGAGACGCGCUAAACAUGUCACUCCAGGUGAAAAACAGCAAUGCAGCUGCAUCAAGUGGACAACGGCAAGGCAUGAUCAACGGAGGCGGCUUGCAACUCAAUGACUUCUUACGAACGGAUGCCAAUCAUGGAGGACCCUCGAGCUCAACAACCACCUUAUCUUCAGAUAAGAAUAGAGCACAUCUCCCACGUGAGGACCGUAGCAACUCGAAUUCGACGUCCAAUUUGUUCACAUCAAGAACUGGAACUGGGGUCAAUAAUACCUUGACGCACCAGCGACGUCGCUUGCAAGCGACUGUCGGCACAUGGCGUCUCCAGGCGACUCAUCCUCCCUCAUCGAUGUUGGACUUGGAAAUCGGGUCUCGUCUGGUUGCAGUAAAUCUUUCACUCGCUAGCAGCGACACGCUGGCGAAACUCAUGAAGCAGCGUCCGAUCAAUGCCAUCUUUCUUAACUUUAAGCUGACUCACUCUACCCACCCUCACAAUAUUCAAGACUGAUGUCUAUAGGAGAUCGACCACGUCGAAUUAGUUCUCUGGAUGAAUAUAUCAUACAGCAGGUGGUAAGUUUUCAUUCUCGCCGUCUCCUUCUAGGACUCUGAUAAGAUGCACGACGUACCACUCACAGUUUUGUAGUUAGUGGGCCUUCUAAUUAUUGUGAGAAAGCCAACAAGGUUCUAUGCCUUCAAGAAGAAGUAGGAGAAGCAAGCAGGAAUCGCGAAGUAGAGAAUGGCACCAGAGACCAAGAUGAAGCGUCCCUUCUUCUCCGAGAGGAGCUGAUCCGCGAUCGCAUGGCUGCACUCUCUGAGAUGGUUGUGGCCGCUCUGCGUGAGAAUUUGCCGCCCUUAUUGCCAAGAGAAGAGCCUUUAAAGAAAUGCCUCGCGGUUCUCGCGGACAAGAAUGCGACUCAGCAUGGAAAUGCAUCUUUAGGAGCAUCUUCUACCAGUACGACAUCGACUUCGACAGCUAUUACCAAAAUUAACGACUCAGCACCUUCUUCGACAUGUUGUUCUGUUCUUCGUCCAGGAUGGGAGCCACAACAGGCUUGUUUUACUGAGCAACAACAUGAUCAACCUAUUGCAGCAUCACGACGUGGACAAGAGCAACAACUUUUUAAUGUAGAUUGGCAGCUUGGUGCGUCGCUGCUCUUCGAAGGUGAUGCUGUAGGAGGCGAAGGCGAAGCAGACGAGAUCGAGAUAGGUGGAGAUGCCCACAAGCCACUAGCCUGUAAUGUUGAUAUAAUCCCCGAGAUGAAGGAGAAGGAGAACGGCAAGAUAAACGCCGUCGUCCAUACGCAGACCUCCGAAGGAGGUGGAACCUUAAUAGGUACUUCCGAAGGAGGUGGAACCUCAAUAGGCUUUUCUAGUAAAUCUUCUUCGUCGUUCCGGCGUCGUCCAACUCCAAGCGCUGUUGAGCGUGUCCCGGCAACUGCACUUCGGCGCAUUAUGGCCUUUGUCGGUGAUCUCCCUACCAUUGCUUAAGGCUCCUCAUCACAGAUCAACAUGUUGAAUGUGCAAUCCAUCUAUAAUCUUCCGAAGUUCGGUCCUUGUCCUUGUCCUCCCAAGAGCAAGAGGACCCGCCUUUCGAAGACUAGUUUUUCAAAGAAAUCCAUCUUUGAACAAGACCAGCUUAUCGAUCUUAACUACAUAGAUUUAGAUGAAAUAAUUCAAGAUCAUGUUGGUGAUCUGAUGGACUGAGACGAUUUCGCAUUCGCUUCUACUUGUUUCUAAAGUUGUGGCUGUUGUUGCUUGUCGCGGUCGUGGUUUCGCGCUCUCUGGCAAGAAAAGCUCUGGCAGUGGGUCCUUCGGCACGGAGCACCGCUUCCCGAUAACGUCAGGCCAGGUUUUUGGCGCUGGCUAGCGAGAAAACAUACGCGCAGACGCGUUGCAAAUUAUGAGAGAAGGUCUGCUUCUAUGCAAAUUUGCAAGAGGAUAGAUCAAUCAUGUGCGUGAUGUGGCAGUAGAUCCAUGUAGAAUUUUUUGUCCUCCUAAUUGUCCUCUUUCACCUCCUUGUUCUGUUCUAAGCCUGUACUAGUCGUGGCGGACCUGAAGAUGGCAGGUCAGACCCUAGAGGUAGCGCGACAGCCUCAUUCUCGAAGCCCUCUGGAAAAGGAGAAGCGAGUUCUUCGCGUCGUCUUGGAGUGGUGGAUGAAGAUGAGAAGUUGCUUCGCGAGCGUGAUCGGGAAUCGGCGGCGCUCUUGUGCCUAAGCUACGGACCUUCUCCGGGAGGUGUUGUGCGUGCGCGCGCCAAAAGACGCUUCGCCAGGUUAGCCGGCUUUGCGGACGCAUUCGACUGCCUUGACGCUACUGGAAUCCUUACCUCAACCGUUUUCUUUUCAAACCACACAAGCAAAGGAAAAGCGGUAUUCUUGAAGAUUUUGAUAUAAUUUUAACAUCAAGAAUUUCUUGUUUUUCUCGCUUUAUUCUUGUUUCUAUUUUAUUAACUCAAGCUCAACAGGAGAUGACGAGCACCAAUCAAAAUGUAGAAAUAUCAUGAACGACCCCCAUUUGACCACCAUUCGACAGACAUAUCAGGUCGUUCUUUGCCGGCAGUUUCAGGCUGUAUUGUGUGGUAAGAGCCUUCAGCUUUUUCGUCAUUUUUUCGGAGAAGGUGUCGCUCCUGAACUCUGGUUUUUCUACCAAGUCCAAGAUCUUUUCUUAUGGAAAUUGAACAUGAUUAAACUUGUUGUACUUGAUAUCUUCAUCUACCAAGAAGAAUUGAAGAAUAAUGAUCAUCUGAAGAGCCGUACUGAUUGACAGUUGUAGAUCGAAGGGCCGAUCUAAGAUGAUAGAAGUUGUAGAUCGAAGUAGAGUAGUCAUCUUUUACACCCCUGGAGUGGGUACAUUCAUUCACUCUACUCUAUCUUGAAGAUUGGCAUUCGAGACGAGUUUAGAUCUACCUGAACAUAGAUAUUUAAAAUGUUUUUCUACUUUUUGAUAUCUCGUCUACUCUCUAACGACUCUUGACUGGCGGGAGCGGAAUGGUAUUAGCCGGACCGAUUUUCUCAGGAUUUGGGACGUCUUUCUAUUCGAGGGGUCGUGGAAGAUGGUGCUCCGCAUAAUCGUGACCUUCCUGCAUGAACAUGAAGCAGAACUACGCACGAGGCUUGGAUCGUGUGAUCGAAUCAUGGCAGAUUUGUUUGAUGGGGGAAAGGGCAAGGGGUCAGGUGGACGUGGCUUCAUCAUCAUGAAGGAAGCUUUAGCCAAGUGCAAGGUGACGAAGAGCCUUCUUGGUCACAUCGCGGAGUGUCUCUCGUCACCUAGUUGUACAUGAGAAGACCAAGAGCACGGACGUUCUUGUUUACCUACAGUAGUUCUGCCAAUUCUAUUCGGCAGUAACAGAUAGAUGAAGCUGAAGUUCUUCUUCUUGUUAUUGUGUACUUGUGAUCGUCCUAGCGUACUUGUAUAACUGUAGUUGCAACACUAAUGAGGACCUUUCGCCGUGCCUCAACAUACUGGCUUCUUAUUACAUCACCUCUUCUAGUGCAGACCAGGGAAAAAGUUCUUGUGAACACAUACACACAUCGUCGCACAAAAGCACAUGAUUUUUAAGGAUACAUUGUUGCACAUGUCCUCGUGACCUCCAGGAUAGACUUGUUUUUAUCACGUUUUUCCAAAUCGUGGUAAUUUGUUACGCUCACGGUGGGCACUAGUUGUUUCAUUGUUCGCCACCUCAACGGACAUAGGCCCUUCACCUUAUAAGAAGAGUACUUUGUUUGUGCAGAUUGGCUUUCACCUUUUAGCUAGAGGUUUAAGGCCCGCGACGCUCAAAGCACGAAGUAAAGCAGCCGGCUAGUUUUCAC